AUGAAAAGAGCUUCAUUAAGACCUCAACAGCUCAAAGAGAAGCUCCUUCAGGCCAUCGAUGCUCAAAGUAACAUACAGAACAUGAUGGCUGUAUUGGAUGUGAUAUGCUGCUUGGAAAGUUACCCCAUGACUAAAGAGGCUCUAGUGGAAACCAGGUUUGGAAAGUUGAUCAAUGAUGUGAGAAAAAAGAGCACAGAUGAAGAUCUUGUUAAACGUUUAAAAAAUCUGAUUCGACAUUGGCGGAGGAUUGUUGGAGUAAAUGAAGUCACCGUAGAAGCGCUCUCAAACUUUGCAGUCAGUUCGACUUCUGCUGAAUGUGUUCCUGGAUCAACACAAACCCUUACUGAACAUGACCACAGUAACAUGAGUGAGAGAGUUGAAAUGUCGAAGGGUUCUGUACCAGAUAAAACCAUUAAGAAUCCAAACAGUUUUAGAAAAAGUAAAAUACCUGUCCGUGCGAUCAAACCAUAUUCUUCGUCCAUCAAGUGUUUACAGCAGUCCACAAGCUGGAGAACAUCUCUGUCCAAUCAUCAUUUCCAAAAUGACCAUAAGACCAUUAUCAAAGACAAGCACAUGUCUGAAAGAAACACCACCCCUGCCAGUCACAGCGACAAAAAGCACUUUUUGCCAGCCAAGGAACCAGCAAAGUCCACUUCCAGUACUCCUCAUCAACCAAAUUCAUUCUUCCAAGAUUCACAUGAAAAGAUGCAACAACCUUCAGACCUCCUCAACAUACUCCAACCUGCUCCACUAAAUGGUAACCUCGAUGAAGUCUCCAGCACAGUGAAAGAGACAAACAUAGGGGCUAUUGAGGAUAAGACGAGGAAGAAACAGUAUAACAGUCACACUGUCACACACAAUGGAGGGGACAGUACCAACACUGCACAACUGCAAGCGGCCAAACUAGCAAAUGACUCUCAUACUCGACCCAUAUCAAGCAAAACACUUACAAAGGAUUGCCAGAGAUCAACAGGAAGUGAAAUCCAGGACGGUUAUCAACAGAUAAACUGGAGAGAGAUUUCACAAAGUAAGAUGAUUCAGAAUAGCUUACUGACUUCAGAGAAGUCCGGGAUGUGCUUUUCUGUGGAUGAAAACAUCAAGCAAGAGGUAAAGAAUUCCAGAGAGUGCAGGAAAACUCAUGGGUUUAUCCCAGAGAUCCCUGUGAAAGCCCUUCCAGGGGUCAGCCGAGAGGUCACAGAGCGAGACCUCAUCAGGAUACGCAGUCAGCGAUGGCACGGUGUGAAUGGCUGUUACGAUAACCAGAAUAACUGGUAUGACUGGACUCAGUCCAUCACCCUGGAUCCAUAUGGGGAUGGAAGUAAAUUUAAGAUUUUGCCUUAUGUUGGCAUAGAUUAUAGAGUAUGAGUAUUCAGAGGUAGUUUGUAAGCCAUAAGACAAUAGAUCCACUGUAUGACAACAUAUAUGAACAUACAAAACCAACAUGUACAC